AUGGCUUCCCCGGUACUUCCCCCAAGCAAGCGGCGACGAGUCACCCUUGCGUGCAGUUUAUGCAGACGCCGGAAAUCCCGCUGCAGCGGUGAUCACCCCUGCGCAUUAUGCCAAGAGCUAGGCGCAGAUUGUCAAUACCCAGAUAGCUCUACCCCUUCUAAUUUGACCGUGGGGAGAAGCUACAUCUCCCAGCUUGAGCAGAGGUUACAAGAUAUUGAAAGCUCCCUCCAACAACUACAUAAUACUCCGAAUGAAGUGCGAGCUACACUGUCGAAUCGCGGGGAUCACGAUACUCCGGCCAAUGAUUCGGUCUCAUUCGUCGAGGAGCAUCAAUCUGUGCUGCUCCCAUCAACCCUGGAAAGCCAUGACGCCACUGAGCUAGGAGAGAUUGAUAUCUCGGAAAAUUCCAUUGAUGGUAUGGGCGCCAUGAAGUUUACAAAUGAAGAAGACUGUGGAUUUUUCGGUCCUUCAUCAAACAUUGCGUUUAUGCGCUACAUAUCUCGAGCCAUAUUACAAGCUAAAUCAGGAAACGAAUUAGCUGAUGUAUUAACGCCAACAGAUCAGAGACACAGAGGAAUCGUAAAUGUCUCCAAGUCCAGGCCCCCAUCCCCCGGACCAACGCCAGGCAGGACUAAUAACUUGAUGAGAAACACGGGAGUAAAUAUAUAUGCACUACCAUCUGAAGAGCGGACCUGGAGCCUCAUUCAGCAAUACUUUCUCAAAACCGGGCAGCUCUUACCAUUCAUCCAUGAGCCGUCUUUCUGCAAAACCUAUGUGCAGAUGAAAAACGAGCGUUUUCGCGCCGUCCGGCGGACCUGGCUUGGCCUGCUUAACAUUAUUCUUGCCAUUGCAGCAAGUUUGUCCGCUAAAGACGACAUACCUGUUGAUAAGAGGAUACAAGAGUCCGAUAUCUACUACCAAAGAGCAAACGGACUGUGCGAUCGGGACUCCAAACGAAAUGCAAGUCUAGAAAUGGUACAAUAUCUGUUGAUUCUAGGCCAAUAUCUCCAGGGAACUCAAAAGUCCGUUCAGGCUUGGACUACACAUGGACUAGCUAUUUCGGCGGCUUAUCAACUGGGCUUGCAUUCACCGGACGCGAACCGGGGAUUUUCGCCUUUAGAAUGUGAGAUUCGUAAGCGAACCUGGUACGGAUGUAUUCUUCUCGAUCGCACUCUAAGUAUGACAUUUGGUCGACCAUGUACAAUUCCAGAGUCAUACAUAAAGCUCGACAUGCCUCUUAACGACAUACAAAUGCUUGGCCCAAAUUUGGAGGUGGAGCCAUGCCCUCAGCCCGAUGGAGCCUUCUUUACAGCUGCCAUAAAACUUUAUGCCAUACUCUACAAUGUUUUAGAUUCGUGUUAUGGACAAAACCUUGGUUUUGAGGACCCCGCAUCUUUGUCUAGCGCCAUCUCCCGUGUGUUUGACGGACAACACCAAUUGGACCUUUGGCGGCUCCAACUAGUCCCAUCUUUGGGUUUCCGUAUCUGGGAUACACCAAUGAACCCCGAGGACGUUGACAAGAUGGACAAAGAUUUAAUCAUCUGCCAUAGGUUUAGCAUUGUUCUCUCAGUGCGCUACAACAACCUCCGAAUUCUGCUUCAUCGUCGGCAUUUAGAAAGCUUUCUGAAAACCCUUGGGACUUCUGAGGAUGAUUCAAGCAGCGCUGAUAAAAAGCUUUUGCGGCAGAUGAGUCUCAACAGUGUUGAGUCUUGCGUCGAAUCCGCCAUUUCCAUCAUCUCAAUAGUUCAUUGUAUAACGCUGUCUAGUAGCUGGCGACGCGAGUUGCUAGGCGCGUGGAACUAUUCUCUUUACUACACAUUCAAUGCUGCGCUAGUUAUUUUCGCAUCCCUCAUGAUAGUAUCCACAUCCAAAGACGCCCUCUAUGAUACAUCCAUCGGGAUAAAGAUCGCAAUGAGUCAGACACAAGCAGUAGUGGGAUGCGGAACUUUCCGAUUGAACAUUCUUCAGAUAUUUUUCCGCCCAGUGGACUUGAAUCUUAUAUGGACCUAG